CUUGAUGCCGAUUCAUUCCCAUCCUUUGAAUACUAUCCUCUUCCUCCAUUAUUUGAAGAUAAUUUGAGUGUUGAGUCUCAACAUUAUGGUUCUGAACCAAGUAUCGUCACAGAUAUUCAUAAUAACGAAAAUGAUGUCAACAAUGUUAUUGAUACUCAUAAUGAAGAAGAAGAGUGCGAGGAUGAUGAUAUAGAAUAUGAAAGUACAGAAUUAGAUGUAUUAAAAUUAACUACAGAUAUGGAAUUUGAAACAUGGGAUAUCGCUAAGUCAUACUUUGAAAAUUAUGCCAAACAAGAAGGAUUUUCUUUUCGUAAAAGGCGUUGUUAUAAUGAUCCAGCUGAUAAUACUAUAGCACGUCUGAAAGAAAGACUUGAUCAAUGUUCAAGAUUAGUCGAUGUUGUUGAAGAAAUCCAAGCAAUAUUUGAUAGACAAUCGAAGAGAGCAAUAGUUAAUGAAUUUAAAAAUGAAAUUGCAACUAGAGGGCUACCUAAUGCAUUGGAGGAAUACUUUUCAGAAAUAAAUAGGUUGUUGAAAGAAUAUCUCACACUGCAAAUAUACCAAAAGCAAAGUGACCAAAUGUCUCAAUCGCUUUGUUAUGAUGUUUCUUUGGUUGAUAAUUGGUCUAUGUUAUUUGAGGAAACGGAUGAUUCGUAUGAAUCAGAAACAAGUAGAGAAGAUAAUUAUGACCAACCACAGGCUUUAUUUACUUCAUUGAUUGGUUAUAUAUCAUCUGAAAAUAUUCGAGAAGUAUGGAAA